CCGACACGGUGGAAGGAAGCGGUGGAGGAGAUGAAGCUGACGAAGAAGGAGAAGAGGAAGAUGAUCCACGGCUGCGGUUCGCACAGCAAGCUGAAUCGCGGAGGAAGUCGCCGGCGCGCGGCGGCGGAAGAAGUAGCGAGGCGUUUCGGAGCUGAAGCUGUCGCAGCUGAAGCCCGUGGUUCUCGAUGAUCCGAAGGAGUUUCGGGGCCGCCGGCGGAGGAGGACGUUGCGAGGAAGAGGAGGGUUGCGGCGGUGAACCCUAGGCUGGGAAUGAGGGAGGGGGGUUUGGAGGACAUUAGGGAGUUCUUUAGUAGUGGAGAGUAUGUCCCUGGGAAGAUUCUCGACGAUAAGAAGCCCAAAGGUACCCGGAAGCUAUUCACGCAGGAAGAAAAAACUCUCCUGAAUAAACGAAUACCCAAUUUGGGAGAAGCAACUUCUAGCAAAUGGCUUCCUCUGCACACUCUCGCUGCAUCAGGGGAAUUUUAUCUUUUGGAUGCUUUACUGAAACAUAAUGUUGAUAUCAAUGCUGUUGAUAAGGAUGGUCUAUCUGCGAUGCACAAAGCAAUAUUUUGCAAGAAACAGGCCAUUAUCAACUACCUUUUAAGAAAUUCAGCAAAUCCUCAUAUCCGUGACAAAGAUGGGGCUACCCUUAUCCAUUAUGCUGUUCAAACUGCAUCAAGCCAGACUAUAAAGAUUCUUUUGUUGUAUGAUGUUGACAUUAACCUAGCAGACAAUGAUGGAUGGACUCCAUUGCAUCUUGCAGUGCAAGCAAAAAGAACAGAUAUUGUGAGACUUCUGUUAAUAAAAGGAGCUGACAGGACUCUGAAAAAUGGAGGUGGACUCACACCUCUUGAUCUUUGUCUUUAUUCUGGUCAUGAUGUACGUACUUUUGAACUUAUAAAGUUACUGAAGGGGCUUUCAAUGUCAAAGUCAGCUCCUUGAGGAUAAGCGAGAAAUGUGCAAAGUUACACUUGCUUCCAUUGCCAUUUGCUUCAUUCUGCAGGAAGGUAGUUGAAUCGGAUGCCAGAUCCUGAGUGAGAUCUUUGACGCAGGUAAAAUGUUUUAGGAUUGUAGCAAGAAUUUUAACCAUGAGCGCGAUCUAGGAGAAAAUUUUCAACCAUUUUCCCUCAAUUCCAACCGAGCAAGUUCACAUGUUUCUUCUGAUUGCAACUUCCCAAGUUCACAUGUUUCUUCUGACUGCUACUUGUGGUACCGUUGAAACAUUUAUAUUUACAUCAGAGAUGAUCAAACCUUGGAGAUACUGUGGACCUAUUAUCGAUACCCACAGAUAUUUAGUAGAAAGUAGGUAAUUUGGCUUGUCGUUGUGGAGAUAUUGAAUUUUGGCCCAAAAAGUAAGCAGGAAAUUAGGUCAAAGUAAAUUUAGGGUUCUCUUACAAUCUUAAAAGUGUGUACAAGUUGUUUGCAAGAUGUUGAUAUAACUCAGUUAUGGGAGCAGGGAGUUAUGUAUGUGUAUAUAAUUGUGUUUAUGGUACAGAGCUGGAGAAGGAUGAAGGAUUCCUUACAUUAUACGUGAUUGUAGGAUUUGCUUCUUGGUGAAUAUUAUUUACUAAUUGUGUGAA